AUGAGGGCUCUCGUCAGCCGUUUUUGUCUCAGACGCGGGAUUCCGCGCCUACCAAGACAUCAUUUCAUUCAAUGGCGACCAUGUAUCAAAUCAAGGGGUACAUCCAUUGGAUUGCUCAUGGCGACACUAGCGCCUGGCGCAUUUCUCAAGCUGGCAGAGGACCCGGAUGGCAAGAAGACCGGUGAGAUGCAGAUGCUCGAGGCUUCUCGAGAAGAGAUUCGAAAGGCUGUAUCACCAGAUGCGCGAGGCCUCUCACGCGUCCGCCAAUCAAUAUCAGUCUUAUUUUACUGCUACGUCUACGACCCUAUCGCGACCGGGCUUCGAUUCCUUCACCUCUUCGUAAUUUUCAUGCCAGUUAUCGUGACCAUUCCUGUGAUAUGGAUCGGUCGAAAUGUCAAAGGCCUAAAUGGGGCGCGUCGUGGGACGUUGUGGUGGUAUCGUUUCUUGGUGAAGGCGAUGGAGCGUGCAGGACCUGCAUUUAUCAAACUUGGACAAUGGGCCGCAUCUCGAUCCGAUAUCUUCCCUCCCGAAUUGUGCAGCAUUUUGUCGUCACUCCAUUCCCAUGCACCUGCGCAUUCCCUCCAUGAGACCAAACGCAUCAUCCGGAAAGCUUUCGGGGGACUGCCAUUUGAGGAGAUCUUCUCAGAGUUCCAGGAAACCCCUCUUGGUGUUGGAGCUAUUGCGCAAGUGUAUAAAGCGAAGCUGAAGCCAAGUCUUGCGUCUACCAGACAGGACCUGGAGCAGGAACCAACUACAUUGGGAGAGAGGGUUCGGAGAAAUGUCGAUGUGCUGGUGAAGAGCUCACCACAACGAGUACCUUCGUCAUAUGUUGCGAUCAAAGUCUUGCACCCUCGAGUUGAGAAGACGAUCCACCGAGAUUUGCGGAUCAUGGGAUUCUUUGCAUGGCUCAUCAAUGCAAUCCCUACCAUGCAGUGGCUGUCUUUCCCAGACGAAGUACAUCAAUUCGGAGAAAUGAUGAAGCUGCAGCUUGAUUUGCGUAUCGAAGGUACUAAUCUCGUUCGGUUUCGGGAGAAAUUCAAGACGCGCUCUACAGCCUGGUUCCCAUAUCCGUACAUGGACUACGCUGCCCGAGAGGUACUGGUCGAAGAAUUCGCACAGGGUAUUCCCCUUGCUACUUUCCUGGAUAUUGGAGGAGGUGUUUACCAGCGCGAAAUCGCCAACGAAGGCCUCGAUGCUUUUUUGCAUAUGCUUCUAAUUGACAACUUCAUCCAUGCAGACCUCCAUCCAGGGAAUAUCAUGGUUCGCUUCUACAAGCCUAGCGAGCUGGAUCUUUCCCUCCGUGAUUCACGAGCGACGGAAGCCCCGACAGAAGCUGAGGUCGAUGUAACCGAGGCGAUACUUUCGCGAUUAAUACCACGCAUAGGCAAUAAAACGGAGUGGGAAUCUGCACUUGCCCAGCUCAAUAAAGAAGGUUAUCGCCCGCAGCUCAUAUUCAUUGAUACAGGCCUUGUCACUGAGCUCAAUGAGCUCAACCGACGGAACUUCCUUGACCUUUUCCGGGCCAUUGCCGAAUUCGAUGGAUACCGGGCAGGACAGCUGAUGGUUGAGCGAUGCCGCUCACCAGAGGAAGUACUAGAUCCGGAAGUUUUCGCAUUGAAGAUGCAACACCUUGUUCUGAGUAUCAAAACGCGCACGUUUGCGCUAGGUAAUAUCAAGAUUGGCGACGUCCUCAAUGAGGUUUUGACCAUGGUCCGCGGCCAUCACGUUCGGUUCGAAGGAGAUUUUGUCAAUGUGGUGAUUUCCUGCCUUCUACUUGAGGGUAUUGGGCGAAGUCUCAACCCCGAUCUAGAUCUCUUCAAGAGUGCCCUUCCUAUCCUUCGGCAAUUGGGCUCUGGAGGCACUUUCUUGCAAACUGUACGCUCGGGUGAUACCUCGAUGCUGCGCGUCUGGGUUGGCCUGGAGGCUCGCGGACUGCUGCAGGCCAGCAUCGAGAGCGUAGAAAAUUGCGUCAAAUAUGACUUAUUGUCGCCAAACAUCUAA